AUGCUGAGUAUGUCCGGGCUGAAAAAUGGAAGAAUUGGAGAAUCGGAUAAGUUUCUGCUAUGCGAACGAAUGAAAGCUUUCUUGCAAAAAGAAGUGAUUAUCAUCAUUGGAUCUGCCGAACACCCUAGUGGUGUCUUUCCAUGUCUUCCAGAAGUAGUCAAAGGAGCAUAUACAUAUAAGUACCUCGGCACAACUCAUCUCUGCACGUUGAUGAAAAUUAAAAACAUGGCUCCAAACACUACCGAAUAUACUUACGACGUAAUCACUGCGGAAAAAGACAAGAAACCGGUCAAUAAAAUGUUGAAGGUCUUCUAUCACAAGUGGAGCGACGGCGAAAAUCCAAAGGAAUAUGAUGAGAUUUUGCAAUUGGCCAGAGUAUAUAAGCCGAGCAAAACGUUAUGUUCUAGCGAUCGAAGAAAGGAAGUGUUUUCACUGAUUCAUUUGUUUCACAUAUUUUGUAUGGAACUGCAGGAACCCAUAAGUCUUGCAGAUGCCUUACAGCUUCAUACAGGUAUGCAACAAUAUGGAAAAAUUCAAAAGUGCAAUGGUGCUGUGCUGGAUCGUAGUGAACUGGGUUAUGUGAUGGCCGUCCUCAUGGAAUGGGCAUACCAGUCACGAAGUGUCACGCCCGAACUGAAAAAGGUAAAAGAAUUCUAA